AUGGGGGAUUCCCACAGGGUCACACCCUCCUUGAGGCACUUCCACCUUCCAGACGCUAGGUUUUCCACUACAGUUCCACACCCCUGUCGGACAUUUCGCGCCACAGCACAGCCGCGGGCUCUCCGGCCAUAUGGUGCGGGGCGGUACCGGGGCCCAGGAGAGGCCGUGCCGGGGCGGUGCCGGGGCGCCCCCCGGCUGCUGAUCGUCGUCUCCGUGCUGGAAGGGCGCUGUUUCCCAAAACGACCCAAGCACGUGCUUAUAGUUGAAGCCAGGUUAGAUGGUGAGCAGUUGGCUACUGACCCUGUGGAGCAUACUGAUCAGCCAGAAUUUGCUACAGAAUUGGCCUGGGAACUUGAUAGGAAAGCACUUCAUCAGCACAGGCUCCAGCGUACACCUAUCAAACUCCAGUGUUUUGCAUUGGAUGCUGUAUCUUCAGCUAAAGAGAAUAUAGGCUAUAUUGUACUGGAUUUAAGGGCUGCACAUGAAAAGAAACAGGCACCUAAAUGGUAUCCUUUGCUUAGUAACAAGUACCCUAAGUUUAAACCUGAAAUACAAAUCGGUGUUGCAUUGGAGGCAGAUUCAAAAGCACUAGUUGAAGAUUUUAAAGCAAAGGAGGCACCCCCUAGAGAAGGGAAGGCACUCACCCUUUUUCCUGGACUAGACCCUAAAAGUAUUGUGCCAGUCUUGAAUGAAGAAGAGGGCUAUCAUCAAAUUGGACCAGCAGAGUAUUGCAGAGAUCACUUUGUCUUGUCUGUAACCAUUGCAUUUGCCACACAGUUGGAACAGUUAGUUCCUAGUACUAUGAAGCUCCCUGAUCGACAACCUGAGUUUUUUUUCUACUACUCAUUACUGGGAAAUGAUGUCACAAAUGAACCUUUUACUGAUUUAAUUAAUCCAAACUUUGAGCCAGAAAGAGCUUCAGUUCGAAUACGUAGUACAGUAGAAAUUCUUCAAGUUUAUUUUUGUGCACAGUCAAAAUUGCAGAUCCAUCUUUGCUGCGGGGACCACUCUCUUGGAAGCACUGAAGUUCCCCUGUCUGGACUACUAAAGAAAGGAAAUGUGGAGAUCGACCAACACCCUGUGACAGUAGAAGGACCAUUUGUUCUUGUUCCACCAAAUAGAGCUAAACAGAAACUGUCACAACUGCCUUUGGAUCUGGCUCCUACUGUUGGGGUAUCUGUAAUUCUUCAAAGGGAAAGCCUGACUACCCAGCCUUUGAUUCCCUUAAAUGCUGCAACUGAACCCAAACAGCCACAGGAGAAAGAGCUUUCUCCUGUUAGUGGACAAGCAGAAAGCCAGCAGCAGAGAUCUCAGAAUGUCCCAUCUCAAGCUGACAAGUGUUCUUCAAAAGAAGAUGUAGCAACAGAAAGUGAAGUGGAAAGUCUUAAGUUUGAAAAGGGCACAAAACCAAGGAAAAGAGGGCUAGUGGCUGGCUGCCCUCAAGAGGUUAACAAACAGUCUCUUGAAGAGCUUCCAGCUUUGAAGUCACAGAGCAAAGCAAAGUCACCUCCAUUAGAUCUGCAAAAUCCCACUGAUAGUGGUCCAGUAGCUAUAUCUCAGCCGAACCCCGUGGGUGUGUCCAGUUCUUCUGAGCCUGUGUCAGCACAGAAAAUUGUUAUUCCAGCAGCCUCUCACCAUUUUUGCUUUUCAAUAGACUUAAGAAGUAUACGUGGUCUGGAAGUUGGCUUUCCAAUAAAUUGCAUGUUAAGGUACUCGUACCCAUUUUUUGGCAGUGCAGCACCUAUUAUGACAAGUCCACCUGUAGAAGUUAGAAAGAACAUGGAAGUCUUUCUUCCAAAAUCAUAUUGUGCAUUUGACUUUGCAACUAUACCUCAUCAGCUUCAAGAUACAUUCUUCAGAUUGCCUCUGCUAGUUGAAUUGUGGCACAAGGAUAAAACAGCCAAAGACUUACUUCUAGGAGUGGCAAGGCUUCAGCUUUCAAAUGUUUUGGCUUCAGAAAAGACACGCUUCUUAAGUGGGAAUGGUGAACAGUGCUGGCGUCAGAUUUGUAAUGAAACAGUCAAUUUCACAGCAGCACAAGGGUCAGGCAGCAGGAUAGCAGAGCUUUCGUAUGUCAUCACCUUGGAAGACUACGGACUUGUCAAAGUGCAAGAAGUUUUGGUGUCAGAUUCUUCUCAAGAUAUAGGUGCUUGUCUACAACAGCAUGUCCAUCAGACUCAGCCUCACCGUGCCCCAGGAGACCAUGCAGAACCUCGAGAAACUCUGGAAUACAAAGCAGCACUGGAGUUAGAAAUGUGGAAGGAAAUGCAAGAGGACAUUUUUGAAAAUCAGCUUAAAAAGAAGGAAAUGGUCCAUAUGCAAGCACUUGCAGAUGAAUGGAAGAAAAGAGAUAGAGAAAGAGAGGCAUUAGUGAAGAAAAAGGUAGCAGAAUAUAAUGUUUUGGAAGAACAGCUUCAGAAAACCCUGAGAGAUCUUGAUAAGCGAGAGCGACAGCUUUUUAGUGCUGAAUCAGAGCUUCAAAGAGUAAAGAAGGAGCUGCAAGCAGAGCAUGAACGAAAUCUGCAAGUGCUUCAGGAUUCUGUGCGUAGAGCCAGGGAGGAAUGUGCACACCAGCUAGAGCUAGAAAGGUCAAAAAUCAAACAACUGGAAGAAGACAAGCUUCGCUUACAUCAGCAGCUUUAUGAAGCAGAAAAUAAGUAUAAGACUUUGGAGAAAGAGUUCCAGCACUACAAAGAACAGCAAAUUAGCAAACCAGAAAUCCAGCUACAAUCAGAAAUAAAUCUUCUCACUUUAGAAAAGGUUGAACUUGAAAGAAAGUUAGAGUCAGCUACCAAGUCAAAGCUUCACUACAAACAGCAAUGGACAAGGGCUUUGAAAGAACUUGCAAGGUUGAAACAGCGUGAACAGGAAAAUGCAAUGGCUCACCUUAAAAAGCAGCAACAAGAGCUCGAGCACAUGAGGUUGCGCUAUUUGGCAGCAGAAGAAAAAGAGCUGGGGAAAACAGACCGACAAGAGCUAGAGGAUAUCAGAAAUGAACUUAACAGGCUAAAACAACAAGAAGAGAGAAAGAAAUUGCAGGAUGCUAGAGAUAAUUCUGCUGAUAGAAUGGAUAGUCUUCAUUGUAGAAAACUAAAUGAGAAUACAGAUGAUUAUCUUUCUCGUCUGAUAGAAGAGAGGGAUACCCUGUUGAGAACAGGAGUCUAUAAUCAUGAAGACCAUAUUGUAAGUGAACUUGAUCGUCAAAUCAGAGAAGCUAUUGCAAAAAGGAACAUUACCAUUUAAAUGCAAAAAGUUUCUAGAGCCAGAAUCUGAAUAGAGUGACUUUUAUAAGCCUAUAGUACUUUGCGAAAUAUGUAACAUCAUGCUUUGUUUUGCACAUUAUGGUCAGCUCUCUUUGAAGUCAAUGUAAAUAUUUGCAACAUGUCAAGUUAAGCACAGUUGUAAGUUUUAUGGGGGUAAUGACUGGUUUUUAAUGUUUUUAUACUCGUAUGUGUGUAUAUAUAUAAUUGUGUGUGCUUGUGUGUGUGUAAAUAUAUUUAU